AUGCCCGUUGCUACGAUGCUCCAACCGGCCUCGAGAACUUCUACCUCUUCUUCGUCAUCGUUCCAACCCAUCACCCGCCAGAACACCAUGUCUUCUCACGACACUCGGUCCCUCCGUCAAUCCAAGCGGAUGUCGGUCACGGCCUUGUACCUGUCCAUGUCGGCCAAGGACCGCGACUUGGAAAUUUCAGAUGACCUUGCCAAAGCCCAGCGGCAUUUGCGCGAUCUGAAAACGAAAAUCUCCUCCCAAUCCAAGAAGAACUUCGUACUCGAAAAAGAUGUGCGAUAUCUCGAUUCGCGGAUAGCUCUGCUGAUUCAAAACCGGAUGGCGCUGGAAGAGCAAAACGAAGUCGCUAGCCACCUAGACGACACCGCGGAUCCGCAGGAGGGUUUCUUUCCCAACGAUGAUAAGACUCAGAAAUAUGGAAACUUGCUCUUCCUUCUCCAGACCGAACCCCGUCACAUUGCCCACCUUUGUCGACUUGUCUCUAUGGCGGAAAUCGAUUCCCUUUUGCAGACUGUCAUGUUCACCAUCUACGGAAACCAGUACGAGAGUCGCGAAGAGCAUCUGCUGCUGACUAUGUUCCAAUCGGUCCUGACCUACCAAUUCGACAACACCCCAGAGUUCUCGUCGCUCCUACGUCAGAAUACACCCGUGUCGCGCAUGAUGACCACCUACACCCGUCGCGGCCCCGGUCAAAGCUACUUGAAACAGGUUCUCGCCGACCAAAUCAACACAUUGAUCGAGCUGCGCGACGUCGACAUGGAAAUCAACCCGUUGAAGGUCUACGAGUCCAUGGUCAAGCAGAUCGAAGAGGAAACCGGGUCCUUGCCCGACGACUUGGCCCGAUCUGUCACGGCAGAGACGGCCGCGGAGAACAAGCAGGUACAAGCUAUUAUUGCGUCGCGGUUGGAGAUGUUGACGAAAUUCGCGAAUGCCUUCCUGACCACCAUCAUCAACUCGGUCGAUGAGGCUCCUUACGGUAUUCGGUGGAUUUGCAAGCAGAUCCGGAGUCUCACGCGGCGCAAGUAUCCGGAGGCGCAGGACCAAACUAUCUGUACGCUUAUUGGUGGAUUCUUCUUUCUGCGCUUCAUCAACCCUGCCAUUGUCACUCCCCGCUCGUACAUGUUGAUUGAUGCGACACCCACCGAAAAGCCCCGUCGCACGUUGACCUUGAUCGCCAAGAUGCUUCAGAACUUGGCCAACAAGCCCUCGUAUGCCAAAGAGCCGUACAUGCUUGCACUCAACCCGUUCAUUGAACAGAACAAGGAGCGCGUGAACAAAUUCAUGCUCGACCUCUGUGAAGUGCAGGAUUUUUACGAAAGCUUGGAAAUGGACAACUAUGUCGCUUUGUCCAAGCGGGAUCUCGAGUUACAGAUCACGCUGAACGAGAUGUAUGCGACGCAUAGCUUGCUGGAAAAGCACAGUGGAGCCUUGGCGGCUGCAGACCAGCACUCGCAUCUGCAGGAACUUCUGCAGGAAUUAGGCUCCGCACCGCCUCAAGUCCCACGCAAGGAGAAUCGAACAAUCACUGUUCCUCUCUUUAGUCGCUGGGAAACGGCCUUGGAUGACUUGACCUCUGCUCUUGAUAUCACGCAGGAAGAGGUAUGCUUCAUGGAGGCCAAGUCGACCUUUGUCCAGAUCCUUCGGUCCCUGCCACCAAAUUCGCUGAUCGCUCGUCGUCCACUCCGCCUUGAUCGCAUUGCUGAGGCUGCAGCCACCUUGCGGAAUGAUGCAGUGAUGGUACGCAAGGGAAUCCGCACCAUGGAGCUCCUGAGUCAACUGCAGGAGCUGGGCGUUAUCGAUCGGGCGGAUGACUUUGGUCUGCUCCGGGAUGAAGUAGAGCAAGAACUGGUGCACCUCGGGUCUUUGAAGGAGAAGGUAUUGGACGAGACCAAGAAGCUUGAGGAAGUCUUCUCGACCAUCCGUGACCACAAUGCGUACUUGGUGGGUCAGUUGGAGACCUACAAGUCCUAUUUGCACAAUGUCCGUAGCCAGUCGGAAGGCAAGUCGCGAAAGCAGCAGAAGCAUCAAGAGCUUGGUCCCUACAAGUUCACCCACCAACAGUUAGAGAAAGAGGGUGUCAUUCGGAAGAGUAAUGUUCCAGAGAACCGCCGUGCCAAUAUUUACUUUAACUUCAAGAGUCCUUUGCCGGGUACUUUUGUGAUCAGUUUGCACUACAAAGGCCGUGCUCGUGGCCUUUUGGAGCUGGAUUUGAAGCUCGACGACUUGCUGGAAAUGCAAAAGGACAACCUUCAGGACCUCGACCUCGAGUAUGUUCAGUUCAAUGUCACGAAAGUGCUUGCGCUUUUGAACAAGCGGUUCGCUCGCAAGAAGGGCUGGUAA